AUGGAAACAUGGCAGGCGGGUUCGCUUGAAAGAGGAGCUGCAUUUCUGCCGGCUUCUAUCUCUUAUCUUAUUGGAACAAAUAUUUUUGGCCCAUUAGCUCAUAAAAUGGGAAGGUGGCUUUCGGCCUUCAUUGGUCUCAUCGUAAUCGGUUUCUGUUUACUGUCGAUACCAUCUGCAACGUCUGUUACAGGACUUAUAUUCCCUAAUCUAUUCAUGGGAUUCAGUAUUGGAAUGAUUGAUGCAUCUAUGUUUCCCCUAAUGGGAUAUCUCGUGGACAUUCGCCACGUGGGGGUCUAUGGCUCCAUUUAUGCAAUCGCGGAUGCAGCGUUCUGUUUCGCCUUCGCACUCGGCCCGUUCUUCUCAGGGCCUCUGGUCAGAUCUGUUGGAUUCCCCACGUGA